GCAGUUCGAAGAUGGCGCCGACAAAGCGCAAGGCUGUGUCGCUUGACACGAAGAUGGAUAUUUUGCAGGAUUCUCGACGCGGCUUCAAGGUGAGCGCCCUCGUGAAGAAGUAUGAGCUCGCCCAGUCGACAAUAUCAACCAUUUUGAAAGCCGGAAGCACCGCGAUUGUGAAGGCAGGUGCUAUUAGCGGCCAUGCCGAUCAGCGGAAAAGGGUUAGAGACCCUUUGUACGCCGAUGUUGAAGAGGCGCUUUACCAGUGGUUCGUAACAACCCGCACGCAUAAUGUGCCGAUUAGUGGGCCAAUACUUGCCACCAAAGCAAAAAACUUCGCUUUUCUUCUGGGACGCCCAAAUUUUGAGCCUGGGGGAGGCUGGAUCCAGCGCUUUAAAGAGCGGCACAGAAUCGUUUACAAAAACGUGGUAGGGGAAGCGGCGUCUUUAGACACACAGGCAAAGCAGCAGUGGCUACAGACAAAGCUGCCUGGCGUGCUGGAGCGCUACGCCGAGAAAGACAUAUAUAAUUGCGAUGAAACUGCCCUGUUUUUUCAAAUGUUGCCGUCGAAGACUCACGCUCUAAAAGGAGAUCGAUGCCCCGGCGGGAAGCAUUCGAAACUUAGGGUGACCGUGCUGCUGUGCGUUAGCAUGGACGGGAGCCAUCGCCUCAAGCCUUUCGUGAUCGGGCGAUCAAAAAAGCCAACGUGCUUUAAGAAUCAGCACAUCCCGGUCCGCUAUCGCAAUAAUAAGAAGGCGUGGAUGACCCGCGACCUAUUCGAAGAAUGGCUCGUCGAGUUCGACAGUAUCGUUGAAGGCCAAGGAAGAAAAGUAGUGUUGCUACUGGACAACUGUAGCGCACACAGCGUUAGCCCGAAGCUAACAUCGGUCGAAUUGAUGUUUCUGCCUCCAAAUACUACGGCAGGCCUACAGCCGUUGGACGCUGGGGUGAUCGCCAACUUUAAAGCCCUGUAUCGGCGGCGCAUGCUGGAGUGGCUAAUCUUGGUAAUUGACCGCGCAGCUCUUGGCACGUCGGGUCACGCAGACGGGCCCCCUGACCUGAAGAUCAGCCUUUUGAAAGCCGUGCGCUUCGUUUAUGGUGCGUGGUGUGAAGUAAAGCGGUCAACUAUAUACAACUGCUUCAAAAAGGCGGGCUUUGUGCGUCAGGACGAACUUCCCCAACCCACUGAUAGUGAGACGAACACGGUGGAAGACGCGGAAAUAACCGAGCUCUGGGAGCUCGUUCCUACUGGUGACACAGGUGGUGCGUCGAUGGAGGACUUUUUGACUGCAGACAGUGCUGCCUCGUUCUGCGAUGAGAUCACCGACGAAGCGAUCGCCGAAGAUGUGCUGUCUCGACAGACGGCAAAGUUGUACGACGGUGGCGACGGAAGCAGUGACAGUGACAACGAGAUUGACAGUGGCUCCUUGACCCCGACCAUGUCUACGCAAAGUGCACUGUCGUCGAUCGACUCCUUAAUUGAUUUUAUGCAUGCUAAAGGAUUACCGCCAGUGUUCGCGCAGCAGCUGGAAUCCAUGCACACCGCGGUUGUCAAGCUGAAGCUGCCGCAAAAACAAGUGCGAAUUUCGGACUAUUUUGGCGCGCCUAACGCUUGACACGAUCAUUGGCUCUAUAAAUAGUUUGUUUUUCACAGCCUACUUUCUACAGCAUCUAUUCUUUAGAGCAAGCGGCGAAUUCGAGUCCGUAGCUGCAAAGGUACGUUCAGCGUUUUUUUUUUUUUUUUUUAAUAUAACGGCAGUCCAGAUAUAGCGAUCAUCGGUUAUAACGAUCAUAUUUUUUGGUUUUCUCGAUAUCGUUAUAAGUGGACUGC